AUGGCAGAAGAAACCAGAAGCAUACUGCUUCAACACACAGUUAGGCACUCAGCUGAAGUUAAGCUCAAAUUAGAAAAAUUAACCAAUGAACUGCGUCAGGUUCGUCAAAGUAAUGGUUUUAUCGAGACCGAUCUGCGCGAAUGGGAAGAUAAACUCAAGCAAUUGAAAGAAGAACUCGUCAAUCCACCUAAUGUUGUAGUUCGAGAAGAUUCCACAAUGCUCGUCCCCAAAAUUCGUCUUGAUGCUGCCGAAACAACAGAGGUCUUCGAGCGUACUUUUGGUAAUACUAAAUUUGAAGAAGGCCUCAAAGUCGUCCUCAGAGAUGACUCGACUGGUCAUACAGACGUGCGUGCGAAAUAUGAGUAUGCGACUGGACAGCAAACAUUGCGUUUCAAGAUCGAGAAGUUAACUCAAAAUGUCUGGAUAUUCUUCGGCAUCAUCUCGAAAUCGACCCCUUUGCAGAAAAAUUCGUUUAGGUCACCAACAUCUCAUAGCUGGUCGAAUCGCAAUCAAGUCGCAGGUUGA